AACUUCCGUUGGCUGCUUAGUCACAGCCCCCUCGCUUUGGGUGUGUCCUGCGCGCGCUCCCUCCCUCUUAGGUCACUCUUUCAAAGCCUGGAAUAAAAACCACAGCCAACUUCCGAGGCGGUCUCAUUGCCCAGCGGCCCCCAGCCAGUGACAGGUUCCAUUCCCCCUCGUUGGACCUCUCCCCGCGACCCUUUUCCAGAGGCGACUAGAUCCCUCCGUUUCAUCCUGCACACCAUGGACAAGUUUUGGUGGCACACAGUUUGGGGACUUUGCCUCUUGCAGUUGAGCCUGGCACAGCAGCAGAUCGAUUUGAAUGUAACCUGCCGUUAUGCAGGUGUAUUCCAUGUGGAGAAAAAUGGCCGCUACAGUAUUUCCCGGACUGAGGCAGCUGACCUCUGCCAGGCUUUCAAUAGCACCUUGCCCACCAUGGCCCAGAUGGAGGUGGCCCUGAACAAGGGGUUUGAAACCUGCAGGUAUGGGUUCAUAGAGGGAAAUGUGGUAAUCCCGAGGAUCCACCCCAACGCUAUCUGUGCAGCCAACCACACAGGAGUGUAUAUCCUCCUCACAUCCAACACCUCCCACUAUGACACCUAUUGCUUCAAUGCCUCAGCUCCUCUUGAAGAAGACUGUACAUCAGUCACAGACCUACCCAAUUCCUUUGAAGGACCAGUUACCAUAACUAUUGUCAACCGUGAUGGUACCCGCUACAGCAAGAAGGGCGAGUAUAGAACACACCAAGAAGACAUCGAUGCCUCAAAUACUAUAGAUGAUGAUGUCAGUAGCGGCUCCGCCAUCGAGAAGAGCACCUCAGAAGGCCACAUCUUCCACACCUCCUUUCCCACUGCAGAGCCUACUGGAGACCAGGAUGACACCUUCUUUAUCAGGAGCACCUUGGCCACCAUUGCCUCAACUGUGUACUCAAAAAGCCAUGCAGCAACUCAGAAACAAAAUAAUUGGAUAUGGUCUUGGUUUGGUAAUUCACAAUCCACAAUUCAGACUCAGGAGCCCACCACGACAGCAACUACAGCCUUGAUGACCACCCCUGAAACACCACCCAAGAGUCAAGAAGCCCAGAACUGGUUUUCAUGGUUUUUUCAACCAUCAGAGUCCAAGAGACAUCUUCAUACAACAACGAAGAUGCCUGGUACGGAGUCAAAUACCAACCCAACAGGCUGGGAGCCAAAUGAGGAAAACGAAGAUGAAACAGACAAAUACCCCAGUUUUUCUGGAUCAGGCAUUGAUGAUGAUGAAGAUUUUAUCUCCAGUACCAUUGCAACUACUCCAAGGGUUUCUGCCCACACAGAACAGAACCAGGACCAGACCCAGUGGAAGCCAACCCAUUCAGACCCAGACGUACUACUUCAGACAACCACCAGGAUGCCUGAUAUAGACAGAAACAGCACCAGUACUCAUGGAGAAAAUUGGAUCCAGGAACCACAGCCUACUUUCAAUAACCAUGAGUAUCAGGAUGAAGAGGAGACCCCACAUGCUACAAGCACAACUCCUAAUAGUACAACAGAAGAAGCAGCUACCCAGCAGGAGAAGUGGUUUGAGAAUGGAUGGCAGGGGAAGAACACCCCUACCCCAAGUGAAGACUCCCAUGUGACAGAAGGGACAACUGCCUCAGCCCACAACAACCAUCCAAGUCAAAGAAUAACAACACAGAGUCAAGAGGACGUGUCCUGGACAAAUUUCUUCGACCCGAUCUCACAUCCAAUGGGACAAGGUCAUCAAACAGAAAGCAAGGAUACAGAUUCCAGUCAUAGUACAACCAUUCAGCCUACUGCAGCUCCAAAUACCCAUUUGGUGGAAGACUUGGACAGGACAGGACCACUUUCAGUAACAACUCCACAGAGUCAUUCUCAGAACUUCUCUACAUUACCUGGAGAGCUGGAAGAAGAUGAAGACCAUACAACUUCUAUUCUGCCAUCUAGCACUAAGAGUGGUGGUAAAGAUGCAAGAAGAGGUGGAAGUCUUCCCAGAGAUACAACUACUUCACUAGAAGGCUACACACCUCAUUACCCAGACACAAUGGAAAACAGGACUCUCUUCCCAGUGACCCCUGUUCAGACUGAGGUCUUUGGAGAAACUGAAGUGACUGUUGCUAUGGACUCCAACUUUAAUGUUGAUGGCCCCAUACCAGGAGAUAGAGACUCAUCCAUGGACCCCAGUGGGGGUUCCCGAACUGUGACUCAUGGAUCCGAAUCAGCUGGACACUCAAGUGGGAAUCAAGACAGUGGUGUGACCGCAACUUCUGGUCCUGCACGUAGACCUCAAAUUCCAGAAUGGCUCAUCAUCUUGGCAUCCCUCCUGGCACUGGCUCUGAUUCUCGCCGUUUGCAUUGCUGUCAACAGUAGGAGAAGGUGUGGGCAGAAGAAAAAGCUGGUGAUCAACAGUGGCAAUGGAACAGUGGAGGACAGGAAACCAAGUGAACUCAAUGGGGAUGCCAGCAAGUCUCAGGAAAUGGUGCAUUUGGUGAACAAGGAACCAUCAGAGACUCCGGACCAGUUCAUGACAGCUGACGAGACCCGGAAUCUGCAGAGUGUGGACAUGAAGAUUGGGGUUUAGUGCCUACACCAUUAACUUGAAAAGACACCACAAUUGGACACAUGUCAUUACUGGGAGCUGGGACCCUUAACAGAUGCAAUGUGCUACUGAUUAUUUUUAUUGGGGAUUCUUUUUAGCAUAAAAUUUUCUAUUCCUGUUUUACUUUCUUUUUUUUUUUUUAGAGUCUGUUCCAAGUUUUGAAAAUAGCAUUGCUUUCUGAAACUAGGGCCCAAAGUAUACUCCAUUAAGAAUUUGACUCUUCCAGUUCCUUCCUAGAGGCCUUGCAUUACCAGGGUAUGCUAUCAUAGGCUUCUACCAAAUGCAUAUUCUUGGUCCUUAUUGAACCUUAUUCCUACCUAAAGUCCCAGGAAACAUCCACCAGCUAAGGAUUUUCCCCAGAACUUAGAUUGGUCUCUGGGAGGAAAUUUGAAUGGGUCCAUAUUGCCUCUCCAGUAGUCCAGUCCUUCGGCAUCACUUUCCAGUGGGGGUGGGAGAUCAGGUGUACUGGUUACACACACUCUUUAUAGACUCCCUUCUGCUGGAAAAUGUUCAGAUGCUUCUGAGAGAUCCCCAAAGGGUGACGCUAUUUAUCUUUAGUAAGCUAUUUAUCUUUGUUUUUGAAAUAUCAAACCCUGGAGGUCCUUUGUUCAGUGUGACUUUUUUUUUUUAUUUUGUUUUGUUUUUUUUUUUUUUUAGGUUACUUUGUCAGAAGCAUAACAGGGUAUAAGUUGGUUUAUAAUAAAUACCUGUCCAUCUUCCAUCUUGACCCAUUGUGCUGUGAUCCUUCAGUUUCUAAACUAGCAAAGUCUGAGUUUAGCACAUCAGUAUGGCCUUAGUAUGGUCCUCCUAAACUCAUGUUAGAGCAUCUGUGCCCGGCUUGGGUUCACCCAGCUGAAUCUAAUAGAAGACUAAGGACAGGAGCACUGUUUUCAUUCUAGGCUAUCAAAGGGGUUUCUCUCUUGUUCAAGAAUCUUAAUUGAGAGUAGGAGAUCUUCAGUCCCUUUUGUACUUUGGUGCCCACCCUUUUCUAGUUCUUAAAGAACACAUUAAGUUUUUAUAUCUUAAAACUUUUGUGGUCCUGUACCAUAGCGACUGAUAUUAUUAGUGAUUUCACAAAACAGCAUGGUGGGGACUUGUGACACCUUAUCAUAAAAGGAGAAGCCAACAGAAAUGAAAGUGUAGACAGCCAGCGGUAGAUUGGCAUAAGGAAGUGUGAUGUACAACCCCAUCUCACUCUUGCCAUGGCUGUGUUUGCUGAUGCUUUCAUAAGCCAAUUGGUACUUAGAAUCAGUUCUCCAGGAAAUCCCUCAAAAAGCCACAGCACUGCCCACCGCUGGAAUCUUAUCCCCAGAUACGCAUGUUUAUGGUUUAGCAAAAGGAGAAUGCUCUCACCCUCUAACCUCAUAGUUUUCACAUACUGAGCAAGUGUUUAUUCAUCUGCCAGGAUGUUGUAUUGCUCCUGGAUCUUCCUAGGUAUCUUGUAGAAGAUACUAAAUCUAUAAAAUGAGGCUGUCUCUAAAAUGGAACUUCAUUUCUAAGUUUCCAAUUCUUACUGUUGACUAAAUUUAUGUGUUUAGUAGGUUUUUUUUUUUUCAAAUAAAAACAAAAAAAAAAGGAGAAAAGUUUUGCACCUGAGUCAGGUGUGAGUUUAUAUCAAGAGUGGAUGUGAAGGUUUUAUUUAAAGGAGAUCUACAGACUUUCUGACACUCACUGCAAGUCUCAGUUCUCCUUACUCACAUUCCUGCCUCCCUCCUUGCCUGUCCAGCUCUCCCCCAGGGCCCUGGCUUUCACAGACUUUCUUUCUCUUUGUCUGUGAAUACUAUUAGCCAGUUCAAUACUUAGACACCUGGUUUUCCUAUUCAAAUAGACACUAGAUGAUCCUUUGCUAUUCUCCACUGAUAUUAGAAUGCUCCCUGUCCUUAGAGCUAUCCUGGCCUACCACACCCACAGCAGGCUCCCUGGGGAUCUUGAACCUGUAUGCAGCAAGGCACUCUGGGAUUGGGCAUAAAAGGGCUUUGUCAAGCUCUCAAUGAUCCCUUGAUGCCCGUUGAAGGCACAAGAAGAGUCAUGCAAGACUCAGAACUAGAGAUGAUUCUCCACCUAUUCUAGAAACAUCCAUUAGUUGGGUUGUGGUAGGAUAUUGUUUGCCAUAGUGGCGAUGAUUCUGGUAGCACCAUCUGACUUUGUGUUACUACUACCAAUGACUUGCCAGGUGAUAUGAGCUAAGUCACUGAACUGGGGUCUUGUUAAUAAAAAUAAUGGGUUGGAAUUUAGUAAUUUUGUAAAGUAUUAGGAAUACUUAAAGUGUUUUCUUACCAUCAAUUCUAAUCUCUUGUCUAUUCUGAAGGCUUUCCUUUAGUUUGCCUUGGGUAAAAAUCAAAUCAGGUGAAAGAUACUUUCAUGUCUAUAUUUUGUAUGUUAUAGAUAGAUAAAAUGGAUGUUUCCAGAAGAACCUUUAAAAAGCUUUAUAUUGACACCCAUAACACCAAGAAGUGGUUGGGUUGUUUUUUUUUUUAUUUUUAUUUUUAUUUUUUAGCUAAAAUCCAUCCAAGAGUGUCAUAGCAAAGUAAAAGAAAAGUAAAAUGUCUUCUUUGGAAAAGUAAAAUGUUAAUAAGUAAAGGAUUGCCCACUGUGAUGUCCUGUGUCUUUGUAUAAAUUUGAAAAGCAUUGACUUUUCAAACAUAGCCAAUUGCUAGGCAUGUACAAUGCGUUUUUCUAUUGUUCCUUUGAUUUUUCAGAGACUACCCUCUCCUUUUCUAGUUUUUGUAUAUUUAUUAAUUGACUUAUAAUAAUGAGGAAAACAUGAUGUGUAUAUUACCCAAUUGAAAGUGUGUAUUGGAAAAUAUUAAAAGGUCAUAAGAAAUGGAA